AUGCUGCUAUAUUUCGCUUGCAUCACCAUUCUCAUGACCAUCCACCGGGGUCAAGCGUUAGAGAUCGAACAUCCGCACAGCUUCUCGAUAUUCAAACGCGGUGUAAUGCUUGGCGAUGUUUCGUACAGCUAUGCCUCCACCGACAUGGGAUCACCGGAAAGUGGACGCUACAAGACGGUAACGGUGAUCAAGAACAUUGCCGUACCGAAACCAACCAGCACUAUGUUCAGCGAUCGAUCGGAACACUAUUACGAUUCUGGAGAGAAAACAUCUUCCACCGGGACGGCGCAGAAAAAGCGAACACACGUAGAAUAUUGGCCACCGAAGGCGGAGAAUCAGGUGGCCCAUCGGCUAAAACUGGAGCAGGACUUUCACAAAGUCAGCAAUACCCACCGCCCGAAAGGCAGCCGCCAACGCCAACAGCAGCAUCGCCAUCACAGUCAGCAGGAAAUCGUGGCAACGCCACCCAAGACGAUCUACAAACCCGCUGAAAUUCAAGAACAACUCCAGGAAGAACCGCAACACCCGAUAGAUCUGCUCGAGCUGGCCAAGUCGGCGGUAAAAACGCUCACAGAGAAGGCAAAGGUAAUACCGGGCGAAAAUACGGGCCCUGUGACAUUUCCCUCCGAUGCAAGGAGGAUGAAAAAGAAAAAUGGAAUCGUCAGCGUGGCCAAAGAGUACACCAGCAUCCUGACGACGGACCCGAAAGAUCGUCAACCGAUCGUGAGCAAGCUGCGGACGAAGGUGGAUCCUCCGACGAAAGCACCCACGUACUCAACCACUUCCUCGGGCGAAGAGGAGCAGAUCAAGCUAAAAGAUCUCGAACAGUCGGAGUACGUGUUCAACCACAAGACGGGUACGUUCGAGUUCCGAACCGCUUCAAAGGCACCCAAGGCUGUUCAGGAGUAUCUACGUGGCAGUCCUUACGUUUACCGGGAAGAAUCGAUGUCCCCCAAGGUCGAAGAGGCACCCAAUGGCAGCAACACGUACAAUACACCCUCGGAGCUGCUGUUUGCCGAGCUGCAUAAUGCCGUGGCCACCCGGAACGUUACAAUGAUCAAGUCGCUUGCCGGUCAGCUGGAGGAAACCUUCAACAUUGGAAAACUGGACUUUGAAUCGCUGAAAACUGAAAUGGAUCUUGGACGACGCACCACCGAGGAUCCGAUGAUGUCCGCGUCCGAAACGACCACUGCCAAAUCGCCGAUGGAUUUCGGAGUUGGAAAUUACGCCGAAACGACUACGAUGGCUCCGGACUAUCCGGAAACUACGACUGAACCGAUCGUAGCAAGUACCACGAUCAAGGCGCCCGUCAUGAUGAUGGCGACAACCACGAAGAAACCGCUUCGCUACAUUGCCCCAAAACUGCGUGGAUUCAAGCGAUUCUCGGCCAAGAGACAGAACUAA